UCUUCUUCCGGCAGGAGCUGUGCAGCUCCUUAUCAUGGGGACAAUACAUCUUUUUCGAAAACCACAAAGAUCUCUUUUUGGAAAGUUAUUACAGGAAUUUAGACUUGUAGCAGCUGACCGAAGGUCCUGGAAGAUUUUGCUCUUUGGUGCAAUAAACUUAAUAUGUACUGGUUUCCUGCUUAUGUGGUGCAGUUCCACUAACAGUAUAGCUUUAACUGCUUAUACUUACCUGACAAUUUUUGAUCUUUUUAGUUUAAUGACAUGUCUAAUAAGUUAUUGGGUAAUGAUGAGGAAACCUAGCCCUGCCUACUCAUUUGGUUUUGAAAGAUUAGAAGUCCUGGCUGUAUUUGCCUCCACAGUCUUGGCACAGUUGGGAGCCCUUUUUAUUUUAAAAGAAAGUGCAGAACGCUUUUUGGAGCAGCCUGAGAUACACACGGGAAGAUUAUUAGUUGGUACAUUUGUGGCUCUUUCUUUCAACCUGUUUACAAUGCUUUCUAUUCGGAAUAAACCUUUUGCUUAUGUCUCUGAAGCUGCUAGUACAAGUUGGCUUCAAGAGCAUGUUGCAGAUCUUAGUCGAAGCUUAUGUGGAAUUAUUCCAGGACUUAGCAGCAUCUUCCUUCCCCGAAUGAAUCCGUUUGUUUUGAUUGAUCUUGCUGGAGCAUUUGCUCUUUGUAUUACAUAUAUGUUAAUUGAAAUUAAUAAUUACUUUGCUGUAGACACUGCCUCUGCCAUAGCCAUUGCUCUGAUGACAUUUGGUACUAUGUAUCCCAUGAGUGUGUACAGUGGGAAAGUAUUACUACAGACAACACCACCUCAUGUUAUUGGUCAACUGGAUAAACUUAUCAGAGAGGUAUCUACCUUGGAUGGAGUUUUGGAAGUCAGAAAUGAGCAUUUUUGGACCCUAGGUUUUGGCUCAUUGGCUGGAUCAGUGCAUGUAAGAAUUCGACGAGAUGCAAAUGAACAAAUGGUUCUUGCUCACGUGACCAACAGGCUGUACACUCUGGUGUCUACGCUGACCGUUCAGAUUUUCAAGGAUGAUUGGAUUAGGCCUGCCUUACUGUCUGGGCCUGUUUCAGCCAAUGUCCUAAACUUUUCAGAUCAUCACAUCAUCCCAAUCCCUUCUUUAAAGAGUACUGAAGAUUUGAAUCCUGUCACAUCCACCCCAGCUAAACCUAGUAGUCCGCCUCCAGAAUUUUCAUUUAACACCCCUGGAAAAAAUGUGAGUCCAGUAAUUCUUUUAAACACACAAACAAAACCUUAUGGAUUGGGUCUUAAUCAUGGAUAUACACCGUAUAGCAGCAUGCUUAAUCAAGGACUUGGAGCUGCAGGAAUUGGAGCAACCCAAGGAUUCAGGACUGGUCUUAUAAAUAUACCAAGUAAAUAUGGAACUAACAAUAGAAUUGGACAACCAAGACCUUAAUGCACUCUAUUUUAAUUUAUUUUUGUGAGGAAUUUUGACUUCUUGACCUCUGAUUUAUUGUUCCCUAGCUUUGCAUUGACUGUUCAAUCAUUUACUGUAAAUGUUAGAGAUAGUAAUCUUAUUCACAUUUCAUGAAACCUAUGAAGCUAUAUUUUUGUA